UUAAACUGUGUAGAAAAUUAACAGGCCCUGCAGUUUUUCCAACCCCAGGUUUCUUUUCAGUUCCAGACUCUAGUUCAGCUGCCUCCUGGACAUCUCCACUUCUCAGGCUGUCAGGCCACCUUCAGACAAUAGACCUGCUUUGAGCAAGUAAACGAAGGAAGAACAUCCUAAAUAAUUCCCUGUGAAGAAGGAUUCAUGUGGCUUGAAAGAAUUAUCAGAAUAAUGUAUUCUCUGCAACUCUCCCUUCUCCCAAUUCCAAGCCACCUAUCAAAAAGGAAAAGAAAGGAAAAGCAGCGACAGCUUGGGAAUUGAGAUCAUGUCACAUCUGGUGGAUCGUACAUCAGGGGACCUGCCAGUUAGAGACACAGAUGCCAUACCUCUGAUGCUACCAGUGUCAAAAGGUAAGAAUAUAAAAACUCCACCACCCUUGAGCAGGAUGACCCGGGAGGAAUUGGAGGACAGUUUCUUUCGACUUCAUGAAGAGCACCUGUUAGUGAAGGAGCUUUCUUGGAAGCAACAGGAUGAGAUCAAAAGGCUGAGGACGACCCUGCUCCGGCUGAACGCUGCGGGCCGGGACCUGCGGGCCGAGGCGGCGGCGGCGCAGCCCUCGGAGCCGGCGAGGCGGCGGCGGGACGCCGGGCGGCAGCAGCGCCCCCCCAUGCACCAGCGCCCCCCCAUGCACCAGCGCCCCCUGAUGCAGCGGCCGCAAGGCCAGUCCCAGCGCGUCGGCUCUUCUCCCCGCCGCCUCCCGCCUCCCGCCCACGUGGGACCCAGACAGCUCCACACCGCGGGUGCGCCGGUGUCCGAGAAACGCAAGCAGGGGUCAAGGGACAGGCUGAGCUACACAGCCCCUCCCACAUUCAAGGAGCAUGUGACAAAUGAAAAAACCAGGGAUGAAAUAUCCAGUGAACCCAACGAACUUGUUCCUAAUUCUAGCAGUAUAAUUUCUUUAAGCAAAGUCAUAAGUAUGACUAAACUCACUGGUCUAUGCAUGCCAAACAGUGCCCACAUUAUGGCCAGCAAUACUAUGCAAGUGGAAGAACCACCCAGGUCUCCUGAGAAAAUGUUGUCUAAAGAUGAAAACGAACAGAGAAGAUUAUUGGAGUGUGCUCAGAAGGCUGCAGAGCUUCGAGCUUCCAUUAAAGAGAAUGUAGAGCUGAUACGACUUAAGAAGCUCUUACAGGAAAGGAAUACCUCAUUGGUAAUGACAAAAGCACAAUUAACAGAAGUACAAGAGGCAUAUGAAACAUUGCUCCAAAAGCAAGGAAUCCUGAGUGCAGCCCAUGAUGCUCUCCUUGGGCAAGUGAAGGAGCUCAGGGCAGAGCUGAAGGAGGAAAGCAAGAAGUCUAUGAGCUUGAAGAGCCAACUGGAAGAUGUAUCUAUCUUGCAGAUAAGUUUGAAGGAGUUUCAGGAGAGAAUUGAAGAUUUGGAAAAAGAACGAAAACUGCUGAAUGACAAUUAUGACAAACUCUUAGAAAACAUGCUGGACAGCAGUAAUCAGCCUCAUUGGAACAGCGAGCUGAUAGGAGAACAGCUACAGCAGCAAGUCUCUCAGUUGCAGGAUCGGCUGGAUGCUGAGCUGGAAGAGAAGAAAAAAGUCUUACUUGAGCUGUCUAGAGAGAAAGCCCAAAACAAGGAUCUGAAGCUUGAAGUCACCAACAUGCUUCAGAAGCAUAAAGAGGAAGUAGAGCUCCUCCAAAAAACAGCCAUGAUUUCCCAAAAUCCUGACAGCCAAUCUGAACCAGCUGCUCACCCAACUGUAUUCCAAGAGACCACUCAGAUAGAGCCCAGUGAACCAAAAAACCAAGAAGAAAAGAAACUGUCCCGGAUGUUAAGUGAGUUGCAAGUAUUACAUGCAGAGACCACACUGGAACUAGAAAAGACCAGAGACAUGCUUAUUCUGCAGCGCAAAAUCAACGUGUGUUAUCAGGAGGAACUGGAGGCCAUGAUGACAAAAGCUGAUAAUGAAAAUAGAGAUCACAAAGAAAAACUGACUAGGUUGAGUCAACUCCUAGACCUCAAGAACAACCGUAUCAAGCAGUUGGAAGGUAUUUUAAGAAGCCAUGGCCUCCCAACAUCUGAACAGCUCCAAGAUGUUGCUUAUGGCACCCGACAGUUGUCAUUGUGUCUGGAAACACUGCCAGCUCAUGGAGAUGAGGAUGAAGUGGACAUUUCUCUGCUGCAUCAGAGCGAGAAUCUUUUUGAACUCCACAUCCACCAGGCCUUCCUGACAUCUGCUGCCUUGGCUCAGGCUGGAGAUACACAACCUACCACUUUCUGCACCUAUUCUUUCUAUGAUUUUGAAACCCAUUGUACCCCACUAUCUGUGGGACCACAGCCCCUCUAUGACUUCACCUCCCAGUAUGUGGUGGAGAUAGAUUCUCUUUUCUUACACUACCUUCAAGGGGCUUCAGCCCGGCUUGAUCUACACCAGGCUGUGGCCAGUGAGCACAACACCCUUGCAGCUGGAUGGAUUUGCUUUGACAGGGUGCUAGAGACUGUGGAGAAAGUCCAUGGCUCAGCUACACUUACUGGAGUUGGUGGAGAAGAAUUUGGGAUGCUAGAGUACUGGAUGAGGCUGCGUUUCCCCAUAAGACCCAGCCUACAGGCAUGCAAUAAACGAAAGAAAGCCCAGGUCUACCUGUCAGCCAAUGUGCUUGGAGCCUGGGAGGCCCAGGAGGAUGAGUCCAGAUCAGAGACUUGGAAACCUCAGAAUGAACUGCGGAUUGAAAUCACCAUGUGCUGUGGCCUCCAGAGUCGAUGGCUGGGAACUCAACCCAGUCCAUAUGCCAUGUACCGCUUCUUCACCUUUUCUGACCAUGACACUGCCAUCAUUCCAGCCAGUAACAAUCCCUACUUUAGAGACCAGGCUCGAUUCCCAGUGCUUGUGACCUCUGACUUGGAUCAAUAUCUGAGGCGGGAGGCCCUAUCUAUAUACGUUUUUGAUGAUGAAGACUCAGCGCCUGGCUCAUACCUUGGUCAAGUCCAAGUGCCCUUGCUGUCUCUUGCACAAAACAACUCUAUUAAAGGUGAUUUUAGCCUCAUUGACCCUGCGGGAAAACCUAAUGGAUCUAUUGAAGUACAGCUGGAUUGGAAGUCUCCCUACAUACCCCCCGAGAGCAUUCUGAAACCAGAAGCUCAGACUAAGGAGAAUGACACUGAAGACAAUUCAGAGAUCUCAUCUGAUGAGGAAAAGUCUUCCUUUCCUCCAGAGGACCAGAUGGCAUCUACUGAGAUUCCCAUUGAAGCUGGCCAGUAUCAGACAAAGAGAAAACCUCCUAAGGUGGAAGAAAGAAAGGAAAAGGAACAUCAGGUUGCAAGCUACUCAAGAAGAAAGCAUGGGAAAAGAAUAGGUGUUCAAGGAAAGAACAGAAUGGAGUAUCUUAGCCGUAACAUCUUAAAUGGAAAUACAUUACAACAGGUGAACUACACUGAAUGGAAGUUCUCAGGGCUUAAAAUCUCUGAAGAUGAUGGUUUUGAAAAUCAGCAUGAGAAGGAAGAAAUGACAAUAUCCCAUUCAACACUGAAACAGAAGGAACCCCUACGUCCUAUAAAUGGUAAAGAAUCCUGUGAACAAGCUUCUGAAGUCAGUGAAGCACAAACCACAGACAGUGAUGACAUAGUGACACCUGUGUCUCAGAAAUGUCCUAAGGCAGGUUCCGAAAAGAUGUGCAUUGAAAUUGUCUCCCUGGCCUUCUACCCAGAGGCUGAAGUGAUGUCUGAUGAGAACGUAAAACAGGUGUACGUGGAGUACAGAUUCUACAAUCUGCCCUUGUCAGAGACAGAGACUCCAAUAUCCCUGAGGAAACCGAGGGCAGGAGAAGAAAUUCACUUCCAUUUUAGCAAGGUGAUAGACCUGGACCCACAGGAGCAACAAGGCCGAAGGCAAUUUCUGUUUACCAUGCUGAAUAGACAAGAUCCUGAGCAAGGAUUUUUAAAGUUUACAGUCGUAAGUGAUCCUAUGGAUGAAGAAAAGAAAGAAUGUCAAGAAGUAGGAUAUGCAUAUCUUGAACUGUGGCAGGUCCUGGAAUCAGGAAGAGAUAUUCUAGAGCAAGAGCUAGAUAUUGUUAGCCCUGAAGACCAGGCUACCCCAAUAGGAAGGCUGAAGGUUUCCCUUCAAGCAGCUGCUGCCCUCCACGCUAUUUACAAGGAGAUGACUGAGGAUUUGUUUUCAUGAAGGAAUAAAUGCUAUUCCAUUCUAAAAUCUCUGAGGGAUAUAUAGUAAAAAGUCUCUUAUAAAGUAACUUGCUAUACCAUGAA